CUGGUGACAGGAGGGAGGAGGGAUGGCGGUGGGGAGGAAGGAGGGCUGGCGAGAGCUUGUCGCCAGAAGAAGAUGAUGGGCUCAAGUGCCCUGAGGCUGUGGAUUUCUAAAGGAGAAGAUCGAUAUGAACUAGAUCCCUCAUUGUCAAGGUCAUUUCAGAUCAGGCGGCUGGAGCUCGCUGAGCGAUUGGAUCUACCGGUUCUCGUCGAUGAUGACGCGGAGCUGCGGUGCAUGGUGAGGAGAGGGCGGCGACAGGCUGCUGGUCGCCGAGUUAAUGGCGUCUGCGGUUCAAGAUCUGAGAAACUGGGUUUUGGUAUUCUUGGUAGAAAAAUGGGAAAGGGGAUGCGAUUACAAGCGAGAAUGGGUUGGUGGAAUUUAACAGGGGAGUCGAAGUGA